ACAAAGCUUCUAAAAGACUUGCAGACCUACCAGAGCUGUAUGGUGGUCUAACUUAUCACUACAAGAAGUUACUUCAAUUCAAGGUUAUAAACUAAUUGAACCCUUGGGAAAAUGCAGAGAAAAACUCUGAUUCUGCUUAUAUUUUCCACUAGUGUUUGUGCAGCUGCACUUUCCAAAAGGAAUAAAGUUCUGUUCCCAUCUGCACAGACACUGAAAAGAAACCUAGAUUCCGACAUUCCUAUUAAUCCUGUGUUCCAGAAGUCAUAUAAGGACGUGGAGCUGCUGUAUGAGUUUCUUCUUGGGGGGCUGAACAUAAGUGAUAACUUAAAGUGCUCCCUGAAGGAUGAAGAACUUGCAUCAUUGAGACCAGCAAAGACAUUUAAUGCUAUUGUCAAUCAAAUCAUUCCCAAGGAAAUCUCUGAUAUCCGAAGGCUUACUUACAGACAAUCCAAAUACGUUGGACAGCUCAAGUUUGCUGACUUUGAGAGGACGCUGCUGACCUUGGUGUUCACAGCUUACCAGACAUUAAGGUUUAAGGAACACCAACAGGACUACUGGAAAGAAUCACUUGUAAACAUUUUUCAAGUUUUACGACGUGAUUUGAUGUCUUAAAAAUUCUGAUUUUGAGGGUACUGGAAGAAAGUUAAGCUUAUAAGAGUUUGAUCCUUGAAUAUUUAACUAUCUCACUUCUUGUGAUUUCUCAAUGGUUCCCUUAAUUUCUGAAACAUACUGUAAGCUUUCUGAAUUAACCUUUUUGCGGCAUCUGCAUUAAAAGGCAAGCAUUUCCUGUCCGUUUCACAAAAAGAUGACAAUGUGUAUCAUAAUCCUCUCUGAUCUAAAGAGACGAGUGAUGGUGAAAUGCGAAUAUUUUGAGUAUUGGGCCAAUAAAUUACAAAAAAACCUGCAGGUAUAAAUCAAACCUGCCCAAAACUAUUUAAGGGAAUGAUAUAGAGACGCAUAGACUUUUCAAGCAUUUAAUUUGAGCCCCUUCCUCUGACUAAAUUGGCACAACAAACCUUGAAACAAGUCAAUUAAGUCAGUUAAUUUCAAUGAAUGAAAAAUGGUUUAUUUUGCGUACGUUAUUGACUCAUAUUAUAGUUUGCAACUUAAAGUAUAUCAAUUAAAUAAUACUUUGCUUACUCGACUGCAAUCAGCCCUCAAAACCAACUUAAAGGGACCGUAAGAGAAUUUCAACCCUUUUUCCUCCAAGGGAUUUGUUGUUAAAAAUCAAGUCAAAUUAAGACCUUUUAUGCUAGCUCCAAGAAUCAGAAAAGUGAAUUCCUAUUAUAAAAAUCCUAUUAACUUCUCACUGAUGGAGGCUGUUGUAGAAGGUAGAAGUGUUACAUUGGUUUCGGGUUGAGUGUUCUUCUGAGAGUUAAGUGGAGGGUGGGAGCUUUAUUCUGCAGCUGACUGUACUAGGGAUGGUUGUCAUGGCACGGUUAGUGUUGAUACAGAAUGCCCUAAAUGUUUUCAACUCUAGCACAAAUAUUCUGUCAUUUUCAGAAAUGCAAAAAUAAAAAUUUACUUUUAAGGUAAGCUGAUAAUGAAAUAAGUCAGCUGUGAUUAAAAUGGUAGCAGGCAUUUUGUAAUUAAUCAAUUGCUAUGCAUUUCCUGCAAAAAAUAAUGCUUGCACUUAAUUAACCAGAAUAGCAUAAUUUUGUUAAAGAUUUGGAAAUAUAUACAGCUGUUCUAUUUAAA